CAACAAAACUACACCCGGAGCAGAGAUCACGACGUCGACAGCAACAACAACAAUACAGCAAGUGGAGACAAUAGAGAUUCAAGCAGACGUCCCAGAGUCGGGAUCAUAUGUAUCCAGGACAGUGGAAACCGGCAGUUCAGGAUUGAAUGAAAAAUACCAGGAGCGUUUAAAGGCUCGUUUCCGUGGUGCUGGGUAUGUGUACCGUUAAUGCGACCCAAAAAAAAAAACCAGGAAUGUGCGCCUUUUUGCGUCCUAUAACUAAUCGGCAACUCUUCUGGAUCAUUUGUAGGACACAUCGGUCAGAUUUCAGAGGAUUCACUCUUAAACCAACAAAAAACGUUGUGGAGCCAACUAAGCAGACAUCGGCCGCAUCUAUACAACGUCCAUCAGGCGCUGAGUUGCGCGCAGAGUCCACCAAUCGCAGGAAACCAGUAUCAAAUACCCAAGAUUCCCAUCCUACAACUAAAGGCGUACUUUCAAAUGCAUUCAAGGAGCUUUCGAUCGACAGAGAUUCUGCCAACAAAGAUACCUUGGAAAAACCUGCAUCUUCAGGAGAUGUCAAUCCUCGAACCCGAAGUGAAAAAUUUACAAGAAGCACGAGCCGUAGUGCUGGUACGUAUGAUUUUUAGUGAGAUAUCGAUGAGGAUAUGAUGCCUGCUCAAAGUAAUUUUUUACGAUCCUAAAGGCAUUCUUACUUUUUGAUCCGCCCUGCAGGCUAUAGUCCGAACUUCAAAAUCGCAUGGGGAAAG